AUGCCUCUCCUUCCUCUCAGGUUAUUCUUCGUGGGUUCCCGGGAGGGUCACCUGCCCAGUCUGCUGUCCAUGAUCCACCCCACCCUGCUGACCCCGAUGCCCUCACUCAUUUUCACUUGCAUGAUGACGCUGCUCUACGCCUUCUCCAACGACAUCUUCUCGGUCAUUAACUUCUUCAGUUUCUUCAACUGGCUCUGCAUCGCCAUGGCGAUCGUUGGGAUGAUGUGGCUCCGUUAUAAGAAGCCAGAGCUGGAGCGACCAAUCAAGGUAAAUAUUCUGCUGCCGGUGAGUUUCGUGCUCGCUUGCCUCUUCCUCAUCAUCGUCUCCUUCUGGAAGACUCCAGUGGAGUGUGCGAUCGGUUUCGGCAUCAUCGCCACCGGAGUUCCCGUCUACUUUGUCGGUGUGUGGUGGAAGGGCAAACCCAAGUGGAUGUUGAAUGGCAUCUUCUCGACCACAGCCUUGUGUCAGAAGGUGAUGGAGGUAGUUCCUCAGGCGUCUUAAACUGACUUUCCGGAUGCACCAACAGUGACCUCGGGGCUCUGACAUCACAGUUGAUGACCUCUGUUGACCCCUUUCAACCCACUGCUUCUCCUUCUCACACACACAUACACACACCCUCUGCAGGGUGCUGAUAAGGACCUGAUGAAGACGAGCGUAAGAGGCUACUGUGUCUUUGCUGUCUUAAACUUUUUUUUUUUUGUGUUGUUAUGUUGCUGACUUUUUUAAUGCGGAUAUUUUUUGUCACUAACUUCUCUUAUGGUAGGUUUUUAUGGAUUUCAUUGAAUUAACUGUGUUUGUUUCAUGUAAAAUAUCAUCCCUCAUCAGAAACGUGUUUUUAGCAAGUUGUGCCUUACGUGGCCACGAAGCUUGUGAUGUGGUAUUAACCUGCAAACAGAUGUAUACAUCUAGAUCCAUGCAACCAGGAAUUUUUUAAAAACCCUAACGAGACUCCACUUAUCUCCUUGAGCCAACUUUUGCUCUUAAGUACUGUAGAAGUUGAAUAUUGUUUGAUAUUCAUGAAGCUUUCUGUCGACAGUGUGUCAUGUCUGUCACUAUACGUGUCUGUCUGUUGAGUUUUAGCUCUGCUCUCUAGUCUGCCUUUAUAUGCUGCUGUAGGGAGAGAGUGAAGUUGACUGAAGAUCUUGUAGGAGAUUUUUUUUAAGUUUCACAUUUUUACAUUAAAAAUACUUACUUUUCUUAUCUAAAUCCCUCAGAUGAAGGAGGAAUAACUAUAAAUAGACGUUUUUGUUCAAAGCCUUUUCAUUACCAACUUAUCUACAGCAUAACUUGGUAAACCUGAGCAUAUUAUGUGCAGUCUACUGAUGCCACCUCACAGGAUUCCUGGGUAAUGCAGUUUUUGAACUGGCAUUGCUCUUUAAAUCAUCAUGUGGUCAGAUUGAAAGAGGUGCAUAAACCAGUAUUGGGAAAAUGGUUUCAUGACUUGUGACAAAAAGCGGGUCAGAA